AUGCCGUACAUUUCCCAGCCCUCCGUUCUUUCCCGCCAAAUAACGUCCCCCUUUUCAAAAUUCAAAAAUCCUCUCCCCCAAACGCUAUCUCACCUGCAAUCCUCCAAAUCCAUGAACGAAUUCAAGCAAAUCCAAGCCCAGGCAAUCCGUACUGGCGAAAUCAUGAACACCUUCAUCGCAUCCAAGAUGCUCGAAUUCUGCGCAGUAUCCGCUGCAAACAUGGACUAUGCUCUUCGGAUCUCCGACACUGUUGAUCGGCCCAACGCCUACACAUGGACCACCAUGAUUAGAGGAUUCGUUGUGGCGAGAAACCCAGAAAGGGCGAUUGAAUUCUUCGAACAGAUGAGAUUGAUUGGCGUAGAACCCAACAGAUUCACCUUCCUUUUUGUUCUUAAAGCUUUUUCUUUAGUACCCAAUUCCCGAGAAGGAAGAAUUGUUCAUGGGAAGAUUUUCAAAAACGGGCUUCUGUCAGAUGAAUUUCUUCGCAAUGCACUCAUCCAUGUUUACUUCAAAUGUGGAGAGUUUGAGUCUGCUCGCCAUUUGUUUGAUGAAAUUUCUACUAAUAAUGCGGUGAUUUGGAAUACCGUAAUUGUUGGGUGCUUUGCUUGUGGGGAUAUAAAAAAUGCUAGAAAACUGUUUGACGAAAUGCCUCAACGAAAUGUGGCUUCUUGGAACGCAGCCAUUAGUGGGUAUUCUAGGUGGGGCCAUGUGGAUGUUGCACGCUCGCUAUUUGAUGAGAUGCCUGAGAGAGAUCUGUUGUCAUGGAGCGCAAUGAUUGCUGGCUACUCCCAGAGUGCAUGGGCCAUGGAAGCUGUUGUCCUCUUCCAGGAAAUGCUGGUCGCUGGUGUUAGGCCAGAUAGCGUCACUUUAGUGAGCGUUCUUCAAGCUUGCUCUCAAAUUGGAGCAUUGGACAUCGGCCAGUGGCUUCACGCUUAUGUGGACAGAAACAAACUAAGGCAUGAUGUUGUUUUGGGCACUUCUCUUGUUGACAUGUAUGCAAAGUGCGGGUGCAUAGACAUAGCCCUUCAAGUCUUCCGUGGGAUGCUGAGGAAGAAUGUCUUGUCGUGGAAUGCCAUGUUAUGUGGGCUUGCAAUGCAUGGCCAUGGAGAUCAUGUCACGGAGCUUUUCACACGGAUGGAAUUGGCACAUGUUUGGCCCAAUGACAUCACGUUUGUCGCAGUACUUAGUGCAUGCAGUCAUAUAGGGUCAGUGGAUGAAGGCCGCAGACAAUUCAUUCGCAUGUGCAAAGAGUUCAACAUCAUACCCAAGAUUGAACACUAUGGUUGUAUGGUUGAUCUUCUUGGACGAGCGGGCCUCAUAGAUGAGGCUAAAGAGCUUAUCAGGAGCAUGCCAAUGGAGCCUAACAUCGUCAUCUGGGGGGCUUUGCUCAGUGCCUGUAGGGCCCAUGGUGAUAUUAGUGCCGGGGAGCACGUGAUGAAACAUCUUCUAAAGUUGGCCCCUGGGGAUGGGGGCUGCUACGUGCUCCUAUCGAACAUAUGUGCGACCGGAAACCGGUGGGACCUUGUUUCAAAGAUGAGAAAGCUGAUGAGAGACAUGGGAGUGGAGAGGAUACCGGGAUGUAGCUCCAUCGAGGUGAAUGGUGUGGUUCAUGAAUUUCUGGUGGAUGACAAGGCCCACCCAAAUUGGAAAGAGACCUUUGAGGCCCUAGAUAGGCUAAGCAGCCAUCUAGAAGAUGAGGGUUAUGUCCCAAAUCGCUCACUGAUCUCGUAUGAUAUGGAUGAGAAGCUUGCAUGA